AUGAAGGCUUCUCUCAUCUCAGCCGUUGCUCUAGUCUCCUUUGUCUUGGGUGCGACUGUUCCCAAAUCUACUAAGGUUGACUAUACUGGCUUCAAGGGUCUUCGCAUCACCCUCCCCGAGGGCUCCGAGGAUUUGGCCGACCAGAUCAACGAGUUGACUGCAACGAUACUGAACCCCGGCGCCAGAGAACAGCUCGAUGUGGUCGUAUCUCCCAACAAUAUCGACGCCAUCAGCCAGCUGGCUCUGGAUACUACAAUUCUCCUCGAGGAUGUCGGUGCUGCUUUUGCCGAGGAGGAUGUGGCUACGGUGUAUGCUGUCCCCAGCGAAACCUGGUUCACUGCCUACCAUAGCUAUGCGGACCACUUGACCUUCUUGAGAGACCUCCAGAGCAGCUUUCCCAGCCAAUCUGAACUCACCACAGCGGGAUCUUCUUUCCAAGGACGAGCCCUUGCUGGCAUCCAUAUCUGGGGAAGCGGAGGGAAGGGGUCCAAGCCGGCGGUGGUUCUCCACGGCACCGUCCACGCUCGCGAGUGGAUCAGCACGAUGACUACCGAGUACGUGGCUUGGCAACUUUUGACCAAGUAUGCGACCGACUCUGCUAUCAAGGCCGUCGUCGACAAGUUCGACUGGUACAUCACUCCUGUUGUGAACCCAGACGGCUUUGUUUACACUCAGUCUACUGACCGUCUCUGGCGCAAAAAUCGCCAAACAAACACUGGCAGCUCAUGUGUCGGUCGUGACCCUAACCGCAACUGGCCAUAUAAGUGGGAGCUCACCGGAGGUGCUUCAACCAGCCCCUGCGCCGAGACGUACAAGGGUGCUACCGCCGCCGAUACCCCGGAAAUCAAGGGUCUCAAGGCGCAGAUCGACUCUUUGUCCGCCAGCAGGGGUAUCACCCUCUACCUCGACGUCCACUCCUACGGGCAGUACAUUCUUUGGCCUUAUGGAUAUGACUGCAACUACGUCGCUCCCGACGACGCUGCGCUGCAAACAAUGGCCCAGCGCGGUGCCACCGCUAUCCGUGGCGUUUCCGGCACCAGCUACACCAUUGGCAACGCUUGCCGUGCUCUUUACGCAACCACUGGCGAUAGUACCGACUACAUUCACGGCGUUGCCAAGUCCAAGUACACGUACACCAUCGAGCUCAGAGACAGAGGAACCUAUGGCUUUUCUCUUCCUGCUAGUCAGAUCUCGGCUACUGUGAAAGAGACUUGGGCUGGGGUCCUUGCCAUGGCUCAGGCGGCAUAG